AUGGCUACAGUAAGAACGGCCAUCCUGCUGCUGGUCGUCUUCCAAAUUGUGGCCGCUGAUGGAUCGUUGUAUCCGACACCAGCACUGGGUUAUGCACGAGUUCCGCUUACCAAAGUACCGCAACUACCGCAAAUACCGCAAUAUGCACGGACACCGUACGCGUCCGCGAGGAGGAAUCCACUUUUGGGAGCGCAAUUCAUGAAGCCGAUCAAUGUCCCCAUAACACAGACGUCUGCUGUGAAUGUGGAGAAUGCCCGGGCAGACCAGUCAACGUGUCCCACACCCUCCUCAGCCACCCCACUACCACCAUUCCCGCACCACACCGCCACCGAGCUCCUCCUUUACGCUAUCCUCCGUUAUCACACCACCCACACAAACAGUCCUUCACCCCCACCCAUUCGUAGUCAGGCCUCCAGGGAUACAACCGCCUAUCUAUGUGCCUGGAUUCCCGCCACAACCAUUCCUCCUGUUCCCACUUACCCAAUACCACCAAAGCCACCUAUCAUCGUGCGCCCAAGCUACCCGACUGCUCCCCCACCAGUCGAAGGAUAUCCUGUGCCGAUCGUUAAACCGCCGUCCGUUCCUGUUCCUGUCGAUUCCUACGCUGGAACGCCUCUACCGGCUCCAAUCGUGACGCCUGGCGGAUCGAUCACGAAUGACUUACGGUGCAUAGGAGGAAAAUGGUCAGAAUGUUGCUUUGUGCAGUGUGAUUGA